UUGUUGAUUUAGAUUCGCAAAAGUCUAAAAUGGCCUUCCUCGGUAAACUAUACUCACACGACCGAGAUGAAAACUAUGAACCGUACAUCGAAAGUUUAGGUUUGCCGGCGGAUAGAGUAGCCAACUUAAAGAACUACAAGCCACAACAGAAGCUGGAGAAGAACGGAGACACUUACACCAUGACAGCUGUCAGUGCAGCGGGAGAUCGGACAAUAUCUUUCAAAGUAGGCGAGGAGUUCGAUGAGAACCUUGCUGAAGGACAUAAUGCGUUGGAUUCAUAUCUCGAAAAGCAGCAAAUUCCGUGUCAUCGACUUGUGUGUUGACACAAAACGACGAUGGUUCAUACACGUGGGCUAUGCUGACCACAUUACGAAACAUUUAUACAACUUUUAAACUGGACGAAGAGUUCGAAGAGGAAAGGGCGGAUGGUACAAAGGUAACUAAUAUCUAAGUGCUUUUUUAUAAGGGGCCAAAUAUACGCGAACACCGAAGUGAUAAUCGACGCCAAGACAUUCGUACUACCAGCAGAACUGCAGAUGGGUUUCUGGUCUAUGAGAAGGUGAUACGAUUCUUGAAGGGUCCUAAGUCAAUAGC